UCGAUAUUAUCCUCAGUCAGUUUCCAGAAUGUUCGAGAAUCUUCCGCGGCCGGAACGUCAGAUUCGAAUAUUCGAUUAACGGCGGCUCCAACAGGCCAACAGUACUCUGUAGCGACUAGCGACCCGUGAGCCGUUAAUGCGGAGCGGUAUCGAUGAUUGUUGUUGGACUUUGACAACGAACUGUGUACUGUUUUCAUCGCACGAGCGAGCCGACGUCGCGCGAAACGUCGUCGUCCGUCGAGCACACGGGACAACACGAGGGAGCCGUCACGAGGACGCGACCCGACCCCGUAAAUUCGAAGUAGUUCUCGGAGUAGUUCCUAACCACCUCUGAGUUCGUGAGGACAGACUUCUGCGAGUGAAAAGUUCAGUUGCUGGAGCGUCGAGUUUUUCGGAAGGUUGCCGCACGCUUCCCUGGAUUGCUGCCCGUUCGAAAUUGCCUCGAAUUCCAGUGCGUUUGGAACUCGCGUGAACUAGGACGAAUUAUUGUUACAUCCCCGACGAAGACUUGGAAACAUGGCGAGAUGGGGUGAAGGCGAUCCACGCUGGAUUGUAGAAGAGAGACCGGACGCGACCAAUGUCAAUAAUUGGCAUUGGACGGAGAAGAACGCCUGUGCAUGGUCGCAAGAAAAGUUGAAAGAACUUUUCAUGAAUUUGAAACUUGAGGGAGAUGGAGUGUCAUGUAAAAUAACAGAAAUGGAGAAAUGUGAAGGUGAGGCCUCAGCAAAUAAUAGAAAAGGGAAACUUAUUUUCUUUUAUGAAUGGAAUAUUGUUCUUAAGUGGAUAUCAGAAGGAACAUCUAGUAAAAAUAUUGAGGGUAAAAUUAAGAUUCCUAAUCUCUCUGAAGAAAAUGAUAUCAGCGAGGUAGAUAUUGAAGUUUCAUUAAAAGAUAGUACGGAUGAAGGAGAAAAAGUAAAACAUUAUUUACAUACUAAGGGUAAAGAUGGGAUAAGAGAAAAAUUAAAGAAAUAUGUAUCUUCUUUAAAAGAAGAGUUUACAAAAGGAAUGAUACUUCCCCAAAAAGAUAAUGUAAAGGAAAAUAUUUCAAAUAUAACGUCUGGUUUUAAUGUUAAGAUGCAAAUGAAUGCUGCAGUGACGCCAACGAACAAUAAUAAAACCGCAAGUAAAAUCUCAACCACUACGAUUAAGCAAAAUGUAAAAUUUCAAUGCAGAGCGCAAGAGUUUUACAACGUCCUUUCCACGAUUGAGAUGGUCCAAGCCUUCACAAAGAAUCCGGUAAAGCUAGAAGUAAAGAAGAAUGGUCAAUUCGAGCUCUUCGGUGGCAAUAUUCAUGGUGAAUUCGUAGAGAUUACACCAACGAAGAUUGUUCAGAAGUGGCGUUGUAAACAGUGGCCGUCCGGACAUUUCAGUGAUGUAACAAUAGAUAUAUGUGAGAAGAAUGAUCAUACUGAGGUCAUUUUAACUCAAAUUGGUGUCCCAGUGAGCGAGGAGCUCUCUACGAAGGAGAAUUGGGACAGGUAUUACUGGGACGCCAUAAAACGUACCUUUGGCUUCGGAUACUUCAUGUGAUCUAAAUUCACUCUAAUUUAUUUAUUGCUAAGUAGAACAAUCGUGAAGAUUGCGUGCAAGUACACGCAGUCACGCGAACGCUUGACUUCUGCGGAAGCAUAGAUGAAUCUAUGGCAUGGUGAGAAGGAAGCGUAUAUAAUACAGAUUUAUUCUGUUCUCUCUUCAUAUAUUUGGUACCGCCUUGUGUAAAACUUUAAAUUAAUAUUACUGCGCGCACUACAUUGACGCGCGACAUCACAAGUGACUUGUACGUCUCUAUUAGAUGUGUCUAAUAAAUCAUGCGAUCAGGA